GACCAGUUUGGGCUAAUGAUUAACCUUCUCCAGAGACUGAAUGGCCAAAGGGCACGCAAACAAACAACUCUUUACUGCUUCAAGCUGGCAUCCUGAGCGGAGAAUCUGGACAGCAAAGCCAGGCAGAAUGUCAGGAGGCAAAAGGAAAAGACGAGUUGGAAUUGUGGGCUAUGGACAUCUAGGACAGUACCUGGUGAAACGGCUCCAAGAUGACGGCCUUCGACAUGGCUUGGAGCUGGCCUUUGUUUGGAAUCGAGAUGCCAGGAAGCUGGAGGGAACAGUGCCAGCAGAGCUGCGGUUGGGGAAGCUAGCAGACUUCUUGGCCUGCCACCCUGACAUCAUUAUUGAAGUGGCACAUCCUUGCAUUGCUCAAGAAUAUGGGGAGCUCUUUCUCAGAACUGCAGAUUUCAUGGUGGGUUCCCCAACAGCCCUGGCAGAUCUGGGCACAGAGCUCAAACUACGGAAAGCUGCAAGACAGGCUGGGCACACGCUCUACAUUCCCAGUGGGGCUCUCUGGGGUGGCCAAGACAUCCAGCGACUGGAUGAUGGAGGAAUGCUUCAGGCAUUAACAGUCACCAUGGUGAAACACCCUGACAGCUUUCGACUAGGAGGGCACCUUGGGGAGCUGGUGCAAUGGGCCCAGAAAGAGAGGGUAGUGCUGUACAAUGGUCCUGUGCGCCAACUGUGUCCCCUGGCCCCCAACAAUGUCAACACCAUGGCAGCAGCUUGUAUGGCUGCCCCUAGCCUAGGAUUUGAUGGUGUGAAGGGCUGUCUCAUAGCUGACCCCAACCUCCCUGACUACCACGUGGUGGAGAUUGAAGCAACUGGGCCAGGGGGAUUCUCUGUCAGCACCAGACGCAAGAAUCCAGCAGCUUCUGGGGCUGUCACAGGGGCAGCCACCUUUGCUGCUUUCUGGAGCAGCCUGUUAGUAUGUCAAGGCCACGGAGGCCGAGUCUAUCUCUGCUGAGCCUUAAUGUUCACAAGAAAAUAAGCUGAAAAUAACUGUACCGGAGGUUGAGUUACACCAGGCUGGGAAAGCAGUGGAUCAUGUAAAUAAUAAUUAAACAAGUAAAUAUGUACAAAUAACAGACAUAUAGUAUUAUGUAUUUUAGUACGUAGAAAAAAAUUAAUAAAAAUAUUUAUAUUAAAAUUG